AUGUCUUCAGGUGACAGCAGCGGUGGAGGGGGAGGUGUGCGGGAACUGGGCACAGUUACCGCCGGCAUGGCGAUGAUGAAUUUCGACGAGAAGACGAAACCCUACACUCGUACUGACCUGAUAAAGUUUCUUCAGAACUACGAGGAGAAUUUGACUCCGCCAGAGAAACAACUCGUUUGGCAGGGAAUGCUGGGGACCCUUGUUGGCAUGCCGCUUGCUUUUUUUGUUGGCUACAAAGUGAGCUCACGAUUUGCAUGGCAUCGCGUGAGACGUGCGCUGACACCCAUUGGCGGCAAGGGGCGGGAAGAGAAACCCUCAUGGCUCAUUCGUAACAUAUCGACUGUUGGUCAGGUCAUGUUUGGGUUGGCAGCUUCAACUAUCCCGUAUAUAGUUGUUCAACAGUGGUUUAUUUCCCGCGUAUUGGCCGCAGAUGAACAUGAAGGUAACCUUUCUUUUCACGUACGGCGGCUCAUGAUCACACAACGUAGCAGCAUGAUGUUUACGCGAACUGCCACGCGGGAGGUAACUCGAGAGGAGCAGGAGCGACUUAUGGGUGAAGCUGCGCAGCAUUCAGCAGAGAAUCGGUCUGGCCGCCAGGGAGGCGCUCCUCUUGGAGUAACCGAUGUGAACCUGCGACUCGGCCAGCAGGCCAUGACACCUGUGGCGCAAACGGGGUACAAACCAAUGCCAGGUCAGUCAUCGUGA